AUGGAAAAGAAAAAAUCAUUUCCUUAUUAUUACUCCUCUUCUUAUGCCGAGGCCCGAUCCGACUUUGAAGAUCGUGCUAAAUCAUAUAGUUUUAACGGGCCGAGGGAUGACCCGGAAGUGAGGAGGAGAAAAAGGGUAGCAGGCUACAACAUGUAUGCUAUGGAAGCUAAACUCAAAUCCUCGUUGAUAAGCAGCUUUAAGUGGAUCAAGAACAGCUUGUCCAAGGAUUGUAAUAUUUGGCAAUGGAGCUCAAGAUUAAUAGGAGCAUGGCUUGGAGAAGAAAGGAAAAUGGAAAUGCUUACUAAAAGCUUGGUU